GUCCAAAGACAGAUGGAGACACAGACAGACUGACUAGAGUUUAGAGUCGACAGAAGAACCAGCGACAGACAUGACAAACUGACCUUAACUAUCACACACUGUUUGAUACAAAAAUAAAACUGUGAAGAGGAUAUUUAUUUAUUUAUUUAUUACAAUGACUACAGUGGAAUGAAGCUGCUUUCAGUGUAAUUUAUACAAAUGUAUGUAAUGUCAAGAAAAACUUACUGUUAAAAAAAAUUACAUUUCUUACUUCUGUAACUCUAGCAUAUAUUAGUUUGUAAGCAGCUCACACUGUUGUAAAUCCUGCCCACUUCUUUGCAUUGUCACACAUGCUUCAGUGCUCUGAGAGUGUUUAUAGUGCUGUGAGUUUAACACUUCAUGACUGAGAGCAGAACAGAACACAAUCUUCAUCAUCACACAAGACAAAAGAACAACAAUGAACAAAAUCACCUUCUUCAUCUGGACUCUCACACUGUUUGCUCAAGAGUGUAGAGGACAGAUCACUGUAACUCAGAGACCAUCAAUAACAGCUCAACCAGGACAAGAAGUCAGAAUAAACUGUAAAACCAGCAGUGCAGUGUAUAGUGGUAAUUACUUACACUGGUACUUACAGAAACCUGGAGAAGCUCCUAAACUCCUCAUAUAUAUAGCAACAAGCCGUUAUACUGGAACUCCAUCUAGAUUCAGUGGCAGUGGAUCUGGCAGUGAUUUCACUCUGACCAUCAGUGGAGUCCAGACUGAAGAUACAGGAGAUUAUUACUGUCAGAGUUUACACUAUCCAAACAGUGUAUGGGUGUUCACACAGUGAUAAAGAGUGGUACAAAAACCUCGGUCAGUCAGACGUCACAGUGAUGCACUGAUACAGCUGAGAGAUACUGCAGCUGCUGAUGGAGGAUCACAAACAACACAAUGGUGUAAAGAAGAACUGCAGUAUUCAAGUACCAGAGACUUUAUUUAUUAUGAUGUAUUAACCUCUUAACCCGCACCGGCCCGUGGGUGGGCCGCAGUGUGACGUCAUAACAUUUACACUUAAUUUUUUAACACUUUUGGCCUUAAUAUGGUACCAUUUGAAAGCUUAGAUUCACAGCUUUACAUAGAAUAUAAUGACUUUUGUUUUUAUGUUACUGCAGCUGCUGAUGACAACACAAUGGUGUGUCAAACCUUUAUUUUAUAGACUUUAUUUAUUAUGAUUUAUUAAGUAAACAUGUAACGUACAAUCUUAUAUCACUUACUAAACUUAACUAAAAUCUGGAGAAAAUGUGAGUGGUGCUCGUCCCUGCAAAACUUUACACUACAAUAUUAUCUGUAUUAUUUACUGUAGGAAAGUCAAUCCCUUUAAUUGCUCUUCUAUACUUCACCACUAGAGGGUCACAUGUCUUUAACAUAACUGAGAUCUACACUCCUUUCCUUUAAGACCGUGACUGCAUCCAAAAUCACAUUCUUCACAUUCUCUAUAUAGUAGGUCAAAAACAGUAUGUGACAACAGAAGUAUGUCUGAAUUCACAGUCUGAAUGUUUCUAUGAUAAAGUCUGUAUGGUGUUCUGGUGGCCUGUAAACAGUAGCCAGCACAAAUGUCAAACAGGAUCGUACGCUAGACAACGUUACAUAAAGCACCAUCACUUCGAAUUAAUUAUAUUUGAAAGACUUCUGAGUAAUACUGAAGAUAAUGACAACAUGGCAGAUGUAGUACGUCCAGAUUACAUUCAUACACACACUCAUACUAUACAAAACAUACUUUUUUAGCGAUCGUGAAGUAAUUACUUGAUCAAAAUAAGUGCCUACUGAAGAGAGUAUGUGAUUUCAGAUUAAGAUUACUGUGGCGAGGGGGGCGUGGUUCAGCGGAGUCAGCAGCGGGAGAAAGAGUCAGGAGACGAACGGUGAGUGAGUGGGUUAAAUGCAAAUGACGAACACCUGUCUCUUGUUUCAGUAAUUGAUGCCGGUGCAGAAUCUCCUGGUCUUCGACGACCUGAAAAGGGCCAUCCUCCAGCGGGUCGGCCGGAGCCCUGAAGAACAAUGCCAGCGGUUCCGUUCCCUGGAACUGGGCGAGUCCGGCCGUUCGUGUUGGCCCAACAGCUCCGGGACUCCUGCCGCAAAUGGCUGUUGGCUGAGGGAAGCGACGUGGAGAAGAUUGUCGAUCGAGUGGUACUGGAGCAGUUCAUUACUCGGCUCCCACGGAGGACAGCCGAGUGGGUUCAGUGCCACCGCCCCACGUCGCUGGACUCGGCCAUCCACCUCGCGGAGGACCAUAUGGUGGCAUGCCCAGGGGUCGGCGAACCCCUCCCAUCUCUCUCUCUCUCUCCUUCUUCCCCUUCUGUUCCUCUCUCUCGUCCUGUCCCUCUCUCCAGGUCCCGCCCACCUGUCCAUCCCGGGGGCGGGUUUGACCAGAGCCAGUUUGGGGGUCCCAGAGCCCCGCCCAGGAGGGCGGGACUGACUUCCGCUGGACAGGACCCCGCUCCUGUUUCUCCGCUUUCUCCACGCCAAUCAUUUACCCCACUCCCUGCCACUGGGGCGGCGGGGAGGUCUGGGACAGCCUGUUGGCAUUGCGGGGACCCGGAGCAUUUCGUGGACAGGUGCCCAGUGAUGGAGGUUGGGACAAUGGUCCGGGUCCCGGACGCCCCGCAGGCUGCCCCCGGUCAAGCUGGCUGGUAUCAAAUACCUACAGACGCGUCGGACAGGGGGCUGGGUGCCGUCCUGUCCCAGGAGAUAGAGGGGGAGGAACGGCCGGUGCUGUACAUUAGUCGGAAGCUCUCGAAGAGAGAGACUAAGUACAGCACCAUAGAAAAGGAGUGUCUUGCCAUCAGGUGGGCCAUCCUCACCCUCCGCUAUUAUCUCCUGGGACGGAAAUUCACCCUCUGUUCGGACCAUGCCCCCCUGCAGUGGGGGGGGGGAUGGCUCCCCGGCUUGAGUCGGGCGGUGGGGGUAUGUGGCGAGGGGGGCAUGGUUCAGCGGAGUCAGCAGCGGGAGAGAGAGUCAGGAGACGAACGGUGAGUGAGUGGGUUAAAUGCAAAUGACGAACACCUGUCUCUUGUUUCAGUAAUUGGUGUGGAGAGAGUAUAUAACACCAGGAGAAACAGGAGUGGAGGAGAGAGAGAAGGACUACUGACUGCUACCCCGCUGGAUAUGUCUUUUUGAGAGAGAAUUGUGAAUGAUUUAUGACCGCUUUGUGCCUGUCUGCACCCCUUUGGUUUUUGUAUAUGGUGAAUUGGUUCAAAUAAAGCAGUCACUAGUCAA